GUCAAAAACGUGAUCAAAACAUAACCUAAACAAAAUAGUUAUUUUUGAUAAUAUUUCGACUAAAUGUUUACAUAAAAUACUGAAAACAUGAGGGACGUAUUCUUAUCUAACUGUGAAAAAACAUUUUUAAACAGAAUAGUGUCAGAAGGACAUCGCUUAGAUGGCAGAAUUUACAAUGAAAGCAGACCAUUAAACAUAUCCUUUGGGUCUGAGUAUGGCAGUUGCAUCGUAUCAUUGGGAGAAACAAAAGUACUGGCACAAGUAUCAUGCGAGGUGACACAGCCAAAACAGAUAAGGCCAAACGAAGGUAUCCUAUACAUCAAUGCAGAGAUCAGUCCAAUGGCAGCUCCUCAAUUUGAAGCUAAUCGCCAGACAGACCUCUCCGUGUACUUGAAUAGACUUCUUGAAAAGUGUUACAAAGACUCAAAGUGCAUCGACCUUGAAUCAUUGUGUAUUGUUGUGGAAGAAAAGGUUUGGUCACUUAGAGUUGACAUCAAAGUCCUAAACCAUGAUGGCAACCUCAUUGAGUGUGCAAGUAUAGCAACACUAACAUCGCUGGCCCACUUCAAGAGGCCGGAUGUGACCCGAAGCGGAGACAGUGUGGUCAUACACACUAUGGCUGAAAAAGACCCGAUACCUACAGUUCUAUUCCACUAUCCUGUUUGUUCUACAUUUGCUAUAUUUAAUGGCGACAUCCUACUAUCAGAUCCAAACUUUCUUGAGGAAUCUGUAUGCACCAGCAGUACUGAAGAGGGUGUUAGUACUGGCGGCGGACUACUUGUCGUUGGCAUGAACCAGUAUAAAGAGCCUCAAAGCCAGGCGAGUCCGGAUCCUGAACAAAACAAUCAGCAAGCUAAUGGUAUACAACAAAACCACCAGACUCUACAGCAGGUGCAGCAAGAGCAAAACCAGGCUAUACAACAGCAGCAGAACCAGCUGCAGCAGCAGUUGCAGCAACAAAACUUGCAACAAGCUCUGCAACAACACAACAGGACUCUUCAACAGACUUUGCAACAACAACAGCAGAGUCAGCAGGAGACCCUACAGCAAAUGCUGCAACAACACCAGCAACAGCAGCAGCAACAACAGCAACAACAACAACAGCAGCAGCAACAACAGCAACAACAGCAACAGCAGCAGCAACAACAACAAGCUUUACAGCAAAGUCUGCAGCAGACUCUACAAGUGAGCCCUGCUCAAGCACAGGCCAUUGUCCAGGCUCAAGCGGCUUUGCAACAGCAAGUUGCUCAAACUCUGCAGCAACAGCAACAGACUCUGCAUGAACAACUACAAGCUGUUCAGCAACAACAGAUUCAAGCUGCAUUACAACGGCAAUCUGCCACUCUACAGGAAUUGCAGCAGCAAGCGCAGCAACAGGCGCUAAUCGCUCAAGCGACAGCUAACAAGAAGAUGCCGAGGGCAAGGGCGUACAACAAGCCGAGGGGGCGCAUGACAGCCUAUGCGUUCUUCGUACAGACUUGCCGUGAGGAACACAAGAAGAAACAUCCCGAUGAAAAUGUUGUCUUCGCUGCUUUCUCAAAGAAGUGCGCUGAGAGGUGGAACACAAUGUCAGAGAAAGAGAAGCAAAGGUUCCACGAAAUGGCAGAGCAGGACAAAAGGCGCUUUGACCUGGAGAUGCAGAACUACGUGCCUCCCAAGGACAUCAAGGUGCGCGGCCGCAAACGACAGCAGAUGAAGGACCCGAACGCGCCGAAGCGAUCGCUAUCAGCCUUCUUCUGGUUCUGCAACGAUGAGCGCUCGAAGGUGAAGGCUAACAACCCUGAGUACACGAUGGGUGACAUCGCCAAGGAGCUGGGCAGGCGCUGGGCUGCCGCCGACCCCGAGGUCAAGUCCAAGUACGAGAGCCUAUCUGAACAAGACAAGGCGAGAUACGACAGGGAAAUGACAGCAUACAAGAAGGGCCCGUUAGCGUUAACGCAGCCGCCGGCAAUGGCCGAGGUGGACGAGGAUUGCGAUUUUGAUGCUGAAGAGGAGUACAAGUGAGGCGACAGCGCUACGCUCGCCUCGGACAGACGCCACACGACGCCUGGCCCCCUACACUAGCGACAUCUCUGCAAGCGUUAACAAUGAAACGCCUGAAUAUAUAGAAGUGACAGAGAUAUGUCUAAGUCAUGUAACUUUAUUAGAGAUUGUCAUUUCCAUACAUUUAAGCGAUUUGUAGUCAUGUUCAUUCUUGUAGAAGUUUCACUCGUCUGCGGGGUCUAGUCCACGAGCACGAGGCCACACCAUCGGUCGACGUGCACUUUACAAAUUAUCCUCACGUAACACUCGACCCCUAACUUUUUGCCUACAAUUUUAUAUACUCGAAUAUUUUUAUACAACGAGUUUUCGUUUGUACAGAAAUCGCAAGGACGAGUGUUCCGUUUUAUUCCUAUAGAUGUGGAGUUGUUUGUGUGUUUUCGUAAACCAGUUUUCAGUCAGAGUGUACCGAAAUGGUUUUGUUGCGGGAGGUUGAAAUUAUAAGUAUAAUUUGUUGUUGUUAGACUAUGUUUAGUUUUCUGUUUCGACAUUGUUUCUGUCGUCGAUAUUCUAAUUGUAGGUGCGAUCGUAAAGUUAUUUUGUUGGCGACCAUACGGGAUGGUCUUGGCAAGGUGUGUUUCAUCACGCUACCUAUGAAUUGUCUUAAGGGUCGGGUCACAGCCGGGGCCUUAUAAUUUGGAACAUUAACAGCAAUAGAAAUAUGUACGGAACAAAAUAUAGGUUUAACGAGUCCAUCGAAAGAAAUUUAAUUAAGUGGAUAGUAUUUCAAGAUAGUAAAUUUAGACAUAAGUUUUAAAGCGAGAAUGAGUGAGAUUUUGUUAUUCAUGAUGAGAAAAUGUAUAGUUAUUAAAUUAUAUUCCUUUAUUGACAUUAGAUUAUUUUAUGUUACUAUUUUUUUUCGGAUAAGUAAUGACAUUGUUCAAAUUAAAUUAAUAAUUAAUUGAAGGACAUUCGAGUGUUUGAUUUAAACACUAAAGCGUGGAGUAGAUAAAAGAAUUGUGAAUUCUUGUGUAAAAUACAAUAAUAUUUUGUCACCCGAUAGUCUUUAAAAUUGUUUUUUUUUACCAUUUUUACAUAAUACCAAGUGUAUGUAUUUUGUGUACAUAAAAGGACUGCAAACCGUGAUAGUACUUAAAUUCGUAGGACAUCUAGGUUCCAUUACCGUCUAUAGAAUAAAUGCUAGAAUCUAUCCUACUUUGCUUAAUGUACUUGUUGAAAUAAUUUGAUUGUUUUAUUUGGAAAAUGUUUUAUUGAUUCUGUCUCAACACGUUGUAUGAAAUUAAGCAAUUCCACGAAAUUACUAGAAACCGUAUCGUAUUAAAAUCUAGUGGAAAAGAAAAUGAGAAAAUAUUUUAAGUCGUUCUUAGUGUAAUAGGGGCGAUAUUGUUUUGAAAUUGAUUAUGCUCAUUGUACAAAACAAUAUAGUGAAUCUUUUACACAUAUAA